AUGAGUGGUGAACCACCAAUUUCUAAUCUUGAAAUAUGUAAUUUUAUCAAUAAACUAAUAGAAAGAAAUGGGUUAGAUCUGCUAACAUCUUCAUUUAUAAGAAAACAAUUAAAAGAAAAGUACAAAUUUAAUUUUGAUCCAUUUAAAAAAUUAAUUGAUUCUUUAAUAAGUGGUGUUAUUCAGAAAAGGCAAGAAAAAGAAAUUGACGAUGAUUCACAUACUUAUGAUUCAACUGAUGAUGAAAUAGAUUUUUCAGAUAUUGCUGAAAAAUAUGCCAUAAAGAAUGAAGAGAAACAAAAUUCACCAUCAUCUAAAUCUAUAGAAAGUUCAGAUAGUAGUGAUGAUGAUGGUCCAGAAGAUAGAGAUUAUAUAAAAAAGAAGUCUAAAAGUUUGAAGUCGCGUUCUUCAUUAACUAAUAGUAUUGAUUCAGACAAUGAUGUUUUUGAUGGCAAUGACAUGGCUUCUGCUAUAAAACGUCGUCGUGCUGCUGCAAAUAACAAGAGAUCUGUCGUUAAUAGUAAAUCUAAAAAUUCUUCAUCAACAACAAAACGUCCUGCAGCUAGUAGUGGUUUUACAAAAAUAAUGAUGGUAAGUGAUGAAUUAUUUGCAAUUACAACCAAAAAAUAUAUGAGAAGAUCAGAUGUUGUUAAAUAUAUGUGGGAUUAUUUUAAAUCUAAAGGACUUAUUGAUCCAAAUAAUAAAAAAAUGGUGUUAUGUGAUGAUAAAUUAAAAGCCUUAACAGGUGUUAAUACUUUUCAAGCAUUUGGAAUGAUGAAAUAUAUUAAAAAUCAUCUCAAAGAUGCUGAUAAUUUAGAUGAAGAAACAAGAAGUAUAAUUCUUAAAGAUUUGGGAGUUGAGGAUGUAAAGAUUGAAAAAGAUGAUAAAAAUGUGUCAAAGAGAAAAAGUAAAUCAGUUACAAGUGAUAAAUCUGGAGCAAGCAAAGUUCCAAAGAAGGGUAAAUCGUCUUUCUCCCGUUUCUGUGUUCUAUCUGAUGAAUUAUCAAAUUUAACGGGUCAAAGAUAUAUGACAAGGUCAGAUGUUGUUAAGUUUAUGUGGGAUUAUUUUAAAGGAAACAAUCUAAUGGAUCCCAAAGAUAAACGUAUGGUAAUUAUCAACGAUCAACUAAGACCCAUAUUUCCACAAAAAAGAAUACAAGCAUUUGUUAUGAUGAAGUCGUUAAAAAAUCAUAUAAAGGAUCCCAAUUUACUUGGUCCUGAACACAUGGAAGCUAUUACAGCUCUUCAUAACGAGUUAGAAGAAAAACGAAAAAAAGAUGAAAAAUUAAAUUUUAAUGAUAAUAUAGAAAGUAAGCAAAAUUAUACUCAAGAAGAAAAUAAAAAAGAAAAAGAAGAUACGCCUAUAGAAGAAAAGAAACGACCUAAUGUUUUUUCUGUUGGUUCAGGUUAUCAGUCGGUAGAUUCAGAUGAUGAGGAGGAUGACGAUGAUCCAUAUGGUUCGUCAUCUAUCCCAUUUAAAGUAUCAAAAAUUGAAGAAAAUAAAAAUGUUUGGUGA